ACGGAUAAAGUUUCAGGGGACCAGGAGCUAAGGGCCUGGAGAGAGGAGAUGACUAAAGCAGCUGCCGAGGGUGGUGCAGGCAUUCAGGGGGUUCCCGGUGAAGGUGAGUUCAAGACUGUCGAUGACGUCAUUGCAACGGUGACGUCAGUCAUCUUUACCAGCACGGUGUCGCGUGCUGUCAGCCUACAGAUGUACAGCCAGUGUGCCUUCCCACCCAACUACCCUCUCAACCUCGUCGGCAAUCCAAUCACAGACAAGACCCGUCUAACUAUAGAUGAUGUGCUGAAGUACGUACCAAACAAGCAGGAGACCCUGCGGAUGAUGUCUAUGACAAGGCUGCUGAGUUGUAAGGGAAACUUGAGGGACACACUGGGCGACUUCAAAAACAACUUCCUAUUCUCACCAGUGGGGAAGGCCGCGGUCAGACGUUUUCGGGAAGAUAUGGCCACGAUUUCAGCAAGCAACAAGAAGAAGGAAAGGUCCCCGCCUUUCUCAUACCUGGACCCUGACGUCAUCCAGACUUCAUGUUGUUUUUAAACAUCAAAACGUUAGCAAAACAACCUUGCUGUAGGUAGCAUAUCUUUCUCUGGAGAAAACAUACUAGUACACAACGAAAUUUCCUGGCACAUUUGACCAAUUAAUGACAUCAUGUUUGAUCAACCGAAACUUUGGCACGUGUGCAUGUGCAUUUCAUGUACUGAAAAAAAUUCAGCUAUCUACUAUGUAUACUACAAUCUUUUCUUGGAGGAGACCGUGGCAUAACGUAUUUCUUUCUCAUACAUUGAAAUGCUGUUUAAGUUUUGUACUUCUUAAAUGAAACGGAGAGCGAAGUAGAGUAGAGUAGGUAGAGAACUUGCCUGUGUGUGCGUGUGAAUAGUUGUCAAUCUUUUACCUCAUAUCCAAGAAACCAUGCUACGUAAACGAGAACAGGCUAGUAGUACCGUUUGUUUGAAAACAAGAAACAACAACUAUAAAACGCUUAAAAUGAAUAACUUAUUAUUGCAAAUCCAUACAUAUGACUUAUUACUUCCGGGAAGGAGGUUUACCUGUGAGGGGCCCCGGGUUUCUUUUUUUCUUAUUUUCGUCUGUGUAUCGCAGGUAUAUUAAGUCAAUGGAUUUUAGUAUGAUGUCCCAAAGAAACAUGUAGAUUCGGGGCCAAACUAGCAACAUUUUCUGGUACUGCAGCAUUACAGGAAACCACCCUCUUCCUAAAUGUAGUGUGGAAUAGUCCAUGGUAAUCAUUUCCGUAGGAAUAACCCCCUAUAGGAAGGUGAUAGGUAGUUGGGAUCAAGUAUAGGAAAAAGGGAAGGGCAUUAUCUGUAUGCAAAUAUUUCAAGGAGGAUCUCCGAUUUUUUGUUUUGGUAUGUGAGUUUUUCAAAUAACCGGGACAGGCCUUCUAUACUGUAGUAACGUCGCCGAUGUCAUUAAUGGCUGUUGCACUCAUUAACAACGUCUUUUCAACCUUAGGAUAGAUGGUAGUGAUUUCAGUUUGAUGGGUUUGUGUGUGUAGAUGUAUUACUACGAUAUGACGCCCAUGGGCUUGAUUACAUAAAUAGUAUGGGUGGAAGUACAAGUAGUUGUAGAAUAGGUAUAUUGGAUUAGAUCUGGUGCAAAAUGUAUGUCGUUUUUUCUGUUGUUAUACUCGUACAUUGGUAAAGUACGUCAUCAUGUAUUGGUCUGAAAAAAGUUUUUACCAUUUACUUCGAUUGCAGUGAAAUGUAUUUCCUUAAAUACAUUAAAAUCAUAACAAUAAAGCGUUUUAUUUUGGGGAAA